AUGGGGGCUGCAGCGGGGGAGAGUGUAGCGGGGUCUGGGGCAAGGGAGAGUACAGCCCCGGCUGUAGCAGGGAAGGGCGCAGCAGGUGCUGCUGUGAGGGAGGAGACAGCAGAGGCUACAGUGGCCAUAGCACGCCCACUCGGGGUGGCAGGGGCCGCAGCACGCGUGGUAGAGGCCACAGCAGGGCCUGUAGGGGCUGUAUCCGGCAGUAAAGGGCCAGCAGGAGGGGCAGGCCCAGGGGACAUUGGGGCAACAGGGGCAAGAGGGGCGGGUGGGGUCCCAACUAAGGAGGUUCCUGAAGGAGGGGAAGUGAUAGUGAUGGGAGAGGAUGCGGUAGAGGACGUGAUGCACAUCGACGCGCCACUGGCCCAAUACCUCACUCCGGACGGUGAGGCCGACCCAGGCCCCCGGCAGCCUCGUAACGAGGUUCCCCCUUUCCCCCCCGUGCCCGACCCUAUGCUGGAAGAAGGACCGAUGGAGGGACUGGAGGAGACUUUGAGGACAGAGCCUCACGAGGGCGCUCCCAUCUCUACCCCUCACCUUUCAGCCCACCCUCCCGCAGGAUCAUCACAUCCUCGUCCCCACCCUCAGGGGCUCCCUCUAGCUUCGAGGGGGGUAGCCAGGGCCUUGGCCUUCUUUGCAGAGCCGUGCACCCCGAGUCCUACACAGGCUGCACACUCCUGCCCCCACACUCAGGGGUCCCCCCGAGCACCACGUGGAGCAACCAGGGCCCUGGCCUUCCUGGCGGAGCCAUGCUCCCCGACCCCUAAAUCCACCCAAUCAUCCCCUGCCAACCUCCUACCUCCUCCCCCACCAGGUCCUCCCCCACCCGGAGCUACACACAUCUCGGAGGUUAAAGCCUCCCUCCGGCCACAUCUCUCUCCCACACGCUACAAAGACCCAAACCACCCAAGUCGCCGCACAUCCCCAACACUUUCACCCAACGGGCUGCCCUCCUCACACCACACCCCCCAGGCAGCCAAGUCCCACCCGCAAGGGCCUGUGGAGCCUCAUGGGAGCGACGACACCCUGGAGGGGCCCACAGGAGGGGCCACUAGAGGGAGGGGCGCUGGCCCCAACUUUCAGCACAGGGGAGCAACCUCAAAUACUCCUCUCCCACUCAUUCCCCCACCCACAGCCACCUCGGAGCCACCACAAACCUCACUAGAGGGGGCGGGCUCAGGGGACAUAGGGGCAGGUGGGGUGGGUGGGGUUCCAACUAGGGGGGUUUUGGGAGGAGGGGAUGUGAUAGUGAGGGACGAGGAUGCGGUAGAGGACGGGAUGCACAUCGACGGGCCACUGGCCCACUACCUCACACCUGACGGUGAGGCCGACCCAGGCCCCCUGCAGCCUCAUGACGAGGUUCCCCCUUUCCCCCAUAUGCCCGACCCCAUGAUGGCAGAUGGACCGAUGGAGGGGCUGGAGGAGAAUUUGAGGACAGAGCCUCUCGGGGGCGCUCCCAUCCUUACCCCUCAUCCUCCAGCCCACCCCCCCCCCCCCUCCCCCCAGGAGCACCACAUCCCCGCCCCCACCCUCGGGGGCUCCCUGCGGUCCGCCAGGAGAGCAUGCGGGCACAGCGAGGGCAGAGCCUCCCACACUCAGCCCCAUCCUUGCCUCUCACCCCUCCUCGCCCCUUUCCUCUCCCCUAAGAACAGCACACUCCCGCCCCCACCCUCAGGGGCUCCCUCUAGCAUCACGGGGAGCAGCCAGGGCCAUGGCCUUCUUGGCGGAGCCGUGCUCACCGACCCCUAA